GGGGGGUUAGCGAUGAUGAACCCCCCCCACCCCCGGCCUUUUGGAGAGGAAUGGGUCGCACUUCAAGGCCGGGGGAUUCGUUCCGGAGGGGGGGAAGGAAGGGCGUCGAGGGGAGACCCCGGCCCAGCCGCCCCCUCCUUCCCUAGCGCCGCAGACAGCGCCUUUUAUGAGCGGGACGUGCCUCGGCCACCGCGGGAGGGGGCGGGGGAGAGGGGGCGGCAGGAGGAAGCCCCGCCUCCGCAGGGAAGGGACGCCCCGUCGGGGCUGGCCCCUCCCCCUUCUCCUCUACACGUGGCCAGUUGCUCUGCAGAUGCGGAGGGUCCUUCUCCUCGGAAGGGAGUCUUGGCUUGGGGGGGAGCCGCUUUGGGAGGAGAGAGAGUGCCGUCGAACAAGGUCGCCGCUUGCAAGAUGGCUGGUGGUAAAAAUAAACUUUCAGGUUCCAAAAACAGAAAGAGAAAACUUGAGAAAGAAGAAAGCAUAAAGAAGUUGACGACUCCAAUCGGAACUUUUUUCCGACCUAGUACAUCUUCUGCAACCAGGGACAUAGAAGAAAUACCUUCCAGAGACUUAGAACUUACCGCACCUAUUGCAGAAGCCUCGACUCACAGCACACCUGCACUUGCAACUGAGUCUCCCUCGAUGUCUGAUAUUCCCCCGGAAGCGACGUUUCAUGAAGAUGCAAUGGAGGAUCCUUCUUUGUGGCCUCAACUGGUCCCGGAGAAGUUAAGAUUGAUUUUAAUAGAUCAAGGGCCAGUUCAGAUAAACAAUCAGCUCACCCUACAGAUGGUAAUAAUAAUAGGGCAUUUUCAGACACUUGUUACACAAAAAAGUUAAAGAACAACGAAACCGUUAAUAGAGACUGGCUUUUGUACUCCAGAUCUAGCGAUUCCGUAUUCUGCUUUUAUUGUCAACUUUUCAACAAUAAUGUCACUGCUUUUAAUGGUGAGUCAGGUUUCAAAGACAAGGCAUUUAUCUGGAAAUAUAGAAACACAUGAAAAGAGUGCGGGUCAUCUCUUGUCCAUAAAAAAACCCCCAAGAUCUGAAAAACAACAUAUUGAAAGGGGAAAGUAGAUUCUGUAAAUCCAGCUGAAAGUCACACAAGGCCCUGGUCUCUUGUGACAGAGCGUUCCACCAAGUCAGGGCCAGUGCUGAAAAGGCCCUGGCCCUAGUUGAGACCAAUCUA